CACUCGGUCUUCAAGGUGGGCCAACAGUGAUGAGGUCGAUUAACCCUCCAAUUUCCCCAGUUGAAACUUCCUUCGUGGAGAAGAUAAUGUUCUUCCAAGCGUGGGUAUAGUGGAGGAAGUGUAGCACGAGCUUCCUUGAAGAUGGGACCGAGAACGUAUUCCCCUCGAGCGUGAUGGCAAGGGACGAAGAUCCGUCCAUCAAUCAUGCUCUGACCUUUUGGUGCAUGAUACUUGGCUAUCUCAUCAUUAACACAUCUCCUCAAAGCCGCUGAGGGAUGUAAGUGAUCAACAACUAGUACUUUCGUGGAGGAAGAAGCCAUUAGUGAGAGAUUAAAAGGAGGGUGAGAAGAGUGAGUUUAAGAAGGGUAAGGAGGUGAAGUUGACAGCAAUAGGAGCGAAAGAAGAAACUGAACAAACAAAUAGGUAAGAGCGCGAAAAAUUGGGGCUUUUAACCUUUCUGUCCAAAAAUUACCUGUUCAGCCUAACAGGUCAAAUAGAGUCGAGUUAAUUGUUUGGUUAUUUUGACCCAUGUGGAAUUAAGGCCUUUAUUUUAAAACAAAAAGAGGGUCCUGAAAACACAACAAAGAGAGCUUCCUUCAAAGCAGCAUUUUGUUACUUUGUAAGAGAGGGAAAUACAUUUCAAAUGCUCAGCUUGGCUUCGAAAUAGGUGGUUGGCUUCGAAGCCAGUGUUUUCCCAGAAUCUUUAAAGGUUAUACCUUAAACUCAAGCAGAGUUAGGACUUGCUUACUUUGAAAGUUUUGAAAGUACGCUCCUAGGCUUUCUAUCAAUGAAAAUUGCCUUCGAAGGAAUGUUUUAGUAUUCUUUGAUUAAAGGAAGUACAGUUUUUGCCUGGGUUUGGUUUCAAAGUAAGUGGGCAUUAGUAUGAAAAUUUUAAAGACCCGGGGACUUAGCCAUAUAUGAAAGUACUUUUUGAACUUUCUACUAAGGCAAAGCCCUUCAAAGGAAGAUCUUGUCACUUUGUAAGGGAAACUCCAUGCUUCGAAACACUUAAACCAGGCUCCAAAAUAAGAUUGGUUACUUCAAAGCUCUUAUUUAUAAAUUAUAUAAACAAAUCGAAGGAUAAAGUCAUAUUAACCAUGCAAUUGGAAUAUGUGAAUCCAAUUUUAUUAAUAUAAAUAUUUACAUUAGGAGGGCCUAUUUGGCUACAUUUUCAAUUUCAUAAAAGUAAGGAAUGAACAAAGUUACAAGGUCAUGAAACUUUGUCUAGCAAAAUUCAAUAAACACAUGUUCUUUUCCUGACCUCUCCUCUAUCCUAUCUAAAUUUGGUUUAUCUAAUUGGUGAGCCCUUAUUUGGUAGAAGUGUUGUUGGGCCCUCAUCUCAAAUUCUGUUUUCUUAAAAGCUUUCUCCACUUUAUCGAUCCCACACAUAUCAUCCAUAUCAACAUCUUCCUUAUAGUUUGAGUUAGGCCUCUUGAAGUCUUCAUAUUCUUCAAGAAGAUUUUUUGCUUCAUAUUGGGUUUGGAUGCGAACAGCAAAGGUCUCCUCCAAUGACUCCCUAGUGGCCAAAGCACUCUUGUACCAGUUGGACAACAAAAGGAGUUGUAAAACCUCUUAUUCUCUCUUCAUAGUUUGAUUAUGGCUGAUGCCUUCACAGUGGUGGAUGAUGGUAAACAUGCUUGGGAUAUAAUGGGUUGAGGGGUAAUUUUGUCCAAAAAAAUCCCUCCGACUUGCAGAUUCCAUAUAUUUGUUAUAAAGAUUGAAGAUCUCACCUCUACUGCAAAUUUAAAAACUUUCGCACCGAAUUGUAAAUAGUUACCCCACUCGCCACUGAAUUGUAAUUUUCUGCUUUUUUGGGCUUUUAUGAAGUCUUUUGAUACCAGAGGAGUAUAGGACGCUUCUGGGAUUAGCUAUUUUUGCUUCUUUUUGGCUUUGUACUGGCAGUACCCCACUUUUUGUGCAUCUUUAACACCUCGAGGGGGGUGGUGUUGCCAGUGGAGGUCUCCGUGAACUGAUACCAUGCAUUGCAAGGACAGCAGUUGCUGUUGGAGUUGAUGGAAUUUCAAUGGAGGUACAGAAUUGAGGUGCAUGAUGAUCCUCGAAAUGCUCCCGUUGAUGGCCCAACCCAAUGGCCUCUGCGCCAUUUGGAGGAAUUGCUAGAAGAGCUAAUUGCAAUUGCUGGACGUUACAAGGGACAUUUUCAUGUAGCAACAUCAAACGAUGGCAGUCAAGGCAUGUUUCCUUUGGAUUUUGCGAUUGUUGAUGCUGAAAAUCAAGAUAAUUGGAUGUGGUUUUUAAGUCAGUUGUUAAAAGCUGUUGGUUCAAGUCGGAGAUUGACAUUUGUGUUCGAUCGUCAACAUGGAUUGUUAGAAGCUCUUUCGGUGGUUUUUUCCAAUGCACAUCAUGCAUAUUGCUUGAACUAUUUGAAGAGAUUUGAUUGACAAAUUGAGAGUCAUACAAGGAAUUUGUUUAUCCAGUGCCUUGAAGUGAGAGAUUUGACUUUGAUGGUGCCAGUAGUUCGAUUAGCAAACCCCCUAUAACGAAAAAGCAACCCGGGCGGAAC